ACAGGAUGGCCCACAGGGAAAGCCGCACAGGGAUGGCCUGGCUGCCUGUCCUGCUGGCGUCCCUGGUGUGCUGGGCCGGCGCGGAGGAGGCCAGCUGUGGCGAGAAUGAGUUCUACAACCAAACCACCGGACUGUGCCACGAGUGUCCGCAGUGCGCGCCGGGGGAGGAGCCCUACCUGUCCUGCGGCUAUGGCACCAGGGACGAAGACUAUGGCUGCGUCCCCUGCCCCGCGGAGAAGUUCUCCAAGGGCGGCUACCAGAUCUGCCGGCGCCACAAGGACUGCGAGGGCUUCUUCCGCGCCACGGUGCUGACCCCGGGGGACACAGAGCGCGACGCUGAGUGUGGGCCCUGCUUGCCUGGCUACUACAUGCUGGAAAACAGACCGAGGAACAUCUACGGCCUGGUAUGCUACUCCUGCCUGCUGGCACCCCCCAACACCAAGGAAUGUGUAGGAGCCGCCUCAGGAGUUUCCGCCAACUUCCCCCGCACGCCUGGCAGCAGCACCCUGUCCCCGCCCCAGCUCGCCCACAAAGAGCUCUCGGGCCAAGGACACCUGGCCACCGCCCUGGUCAUUGCCAUGUCCACCAUCUUCACCAUGGCCGUCGCCAUCGUCCUCAUCAUCAUGUUCUACAUCCUGAAGGCCAGGCCAUCCGCCCCAGCCUGCUGCCCCAGCACCCCCGUGAAGAGCCCAGAAGCCCCCGUGAGCGAGGAAGAGGAGAAGAAAGAGGCGCAAGACAACGUGGUGAUCUUCUCCGAGAAGGAUGAAUUUGAGAAGCUCACGGCGGCUCCAGCCAAAUCGGCUAAGAGCGAGAAUGACGCCUCAUCAGAGAAGGAGCAGCUGCUGAACCGGAGCCUGGACAGCGACGAGGAGCCGGCCCCAGAUGGGCAGGGCCCCCCGGAGCUGUGCCUGCUGUCGCUGGUCCACCUGGCCAGGGACAAGUCAGCCACUGCCACCCGGGCGGCCGGGAUUCAGAGUCGAAGGAAGAAGAUACUGGACGUGUAUGCCAGUGUGUGUGGUGUAGUGGAAGGCCUCAGCCCCACAGAGCUGCCCUUUGACUGCUUGGAGAAGACCAGCCGGAUGCUCAGUGCCACGUACAACUCGGAGAAGGCGGUGGUGAAGACGUGGCGCCACCUGGCCGAGAGCUUUGGGCUCAAGCGGGAUGAGAUCGGUGGCAUGACGGACGGGCUGCAGCUGUUCGACCGCAUCAGUACGGCUGGCUACAGCAUCCCCGAGCUGCUCACCAAGCUGGUGCAGAUUGAGCGGCUGGAUGCCGUAGAGUCCCUGUGUGCAGACAUCCUGGAGUGGGCGGGGGUCCCGCCGCCCGCUGCCCCGCCACCCCCCGCAUCCUGA